GGUUGCCCGUGAGCGGGAUGGAGGGAGGGAGGAAGGGAAAGGGAGCCCGCCCUGCCGCCGCAGCCGCGGGUAACCUUCCGUAGACGAGCCCCCAACUCCUUUCCUAGAUGGACUCUGUCCCACUUCCCCUCCUCCACCGGGAUGCCGCCUCAGUCGUGCACAACCCCGGGUUGGUGGCGCCCACAAUCCUGGUUCCGGCAGAGCGCAGGGCUCAGCGCCGCUCCGCAGGGGGUGCUGGGAUCAUGACUCAGCACUUCGGCAUGCACCGCCGAGUGGCUGGGAAAUAGACUGGGAAGUGCUGAGCGCCGCCCCUCGAGUAGUUGUUGGGAGAGGGGACGGUGUCUGUCGAAAUUCAUGUAGGAGGGAGACCGUUGGUUCCAGCAACAUGGAUGAUGUCAGCUUGAAGUUCCAUCAGCAGCUUCUGUUCAUUGAUGAAAGUCUGGUGGCUGAAGAUGUAGCAGCUUUAAAAUUUCUCUGUACUGACUUUCUUCCCUUCAGAAAACUAGAAGGGGUGAAGUCAGCAGUGGACAUCUUUGAGCUUCUCAUGGCUGAAGAAUAUCUGAAUGAGAAAGAUACUUUCCUGCUAGCUGAACUCUUAUACACAAUUAAAUGUCAUUCCUUGCUCAAAAAACUUGGUUAUACCAAGGAGAAAGUGCAGGAAUGUCUGCAUGAGAAGGGAAGAGUGUCUCCUUACAGGCAGAUGCUGUAUGAAUUGUCAGAGAACAUUACUAAUGACAUGUUGAAGGAUAUCAUAUUCCUCCUGAAAAACUGUCUUCCAAAGCGACGGAUAACUCUGUCUGCUCUGGAAUUGCUGAUUUUAUUGGAAAAACAGAGCCUCUUAACUGAGAACAAUGUACAGAUACUGGAGGAAAUCUGUGUGCAUGUUUCACCCAAUCUUCUGGAAAGAGUAAACUGCUACAAAAGGGCAAAAGUGUCUCUGUCUCAGCAGGAGAACACUCUGCCAAUUGAGGAAAUUUCACUGUCUCACACUGGAGACAUCAAAGUAUUCGCUUUCUCAGAGGAGACCUCGAUCAAGUCUGUCGGUUCUAAUAUCAAUGAUAACAAAGAAGCAUGUCUUACCCUAGGCUUGUCUGAAAUAAAGCUGGAGCUGCCUGGAGAAAUCAGCAAUGCAGAAAAUGAAUCCAAGAAGAUGAAAAGCUACAAAAUGGAUGGACCACACAGAGGAUUUUGUCUUGUUAUUAAUAAUGUCAAAUUCGAUAAGUCUCUUAGUGAAAGGAAGGGUUCUUUCAAAGAUGCUGAGGAACUGGAGCGAGUAUUCACAUGGCUUGGUCUGGAUGUGAGGACUUACACAGAUCUGACAUCUCAGAAGAUUAAAGAGCUCAUGCAAACUUGGCAGGAGGUGCAAGAUCACAAAGACAGGGACUGUUUUAUAUGUUGUAUUCUAUCUCAUGGAGAGUCAGGAGCCAUCUAUGGGAAAGAUGAGGAACUUGUAUCGAUCCGCACAAUCAUGUCCUACUUCACUGCAACACAGUGUCCACAGCUGGCAGAAAAACCCAAACUCUUCUUUAUCCAAGCAUGCCAGGGUAAAGAGAUACAGUGUGCUGUGCCGCUUAAAACUGAUGCACGAAUUCCAGACUUGUGUUCUAUGCAGCAGAGCUAUUCUGCUUCUGAAAGUAUUCCUGAAGAGGCUGAUUUCCUCCUAGGCAUGGCCACAAUUGAUGGAUAUGUCUCCUUCCGGCAUAUUCAACAGGGUGCCUGGUAUAUUCAGGCCCUGUGCAGCAAGCUACAGCUGUUAGUACCAAGGGGUGAAGAUAUUUUGUCAAUUCUUACAGAAGUUAAUGAAGAUGUGGCCAGACGUGUUGACCGCUUAGGCACAAAGAAGCAGAUGCCCCUACCAGCAUAUACCUUAACAAGAAAACUUAUAUUCCCAAUACCUAGAGACCCUCCUCCUUCACAGCAGUAUGGAGGCUUUUGAAAUACAUCCUUUUAUCAGCGCAUUUCACUUAAAUGCCAUUCGCCACAUUCCUGAUUUAAGGGAGGUAUCCAGAAUCCUGAGGAACUGUUAGCUUCAAGACAAAGUGUCAAAUUUUGUUUUCCAUCCUGGGAAACUGGAGGAGAUGCAAUUAAAACAAUCCAUGUGCUAGCUAAUUUCAUCAUCUACAGUGUUAUCAGGGCUGGGAGAAGCAUGCAUCAGUCAUGUUAAGUGUUUUUGUACCUACAAAGAUUACAGAUACAGGGGUUUUUUUCUGACAGCAGGAGGGUUGCAGGUAGCCUUCCGUAUCUAGUCCAGUGUUGUUAACAGUCUGGUUUAGGCUCAUUGUGAUUUAGUUUGCAGGCUGUCAAUUUUAAAGCCCACGUCUAAAUCCACUAGGUAUGUUCACAGAGAAAGACAAAGGUGGAAAGGAAGAGGAAAAAGCUUAAUAGUAAGUGGAAAAGGACUUUCAUCUGAAUUUAAAUUAUGUUUAACUUAAUGGAGCACUAGGUAAGUACUGAGAUCAGUAAUUUGUUUCAUGAUGCACACUGGUAUCAUGUAAUGGUGAAUUUAAACUUGGUGUACCAGGACAUCUUUCCAGAACUGAUUUAAGCCAAGAUGCCGCAUAGUAUUUCUGCUGUGAAACCUUGGGAACUGUCAUUUGCCCAGUCCCUUCUGGAAGAAGGUUUUAGGGCAGAAGAUUUACACACUAUGAAACAUGACAUUCAGUAGUGUAUCUGUAUAGGUUUAUCAAAUUGAUUAACUUUCUUAAGCGUUAAAUUUUCUGAUUAUCGUUUCUUGUUUUAAGAUCUAAAAUGCAGCAACAUGAGAAACAGAUCUCUUUGCUUAUGUUUGUAAAAGAGCAUUUUGUGAGUUAAAUGGAAUUUGUCACGUAGUCAUGUAAUGAGUAUUUAUUAUGUAUGCCUGUGUCCUUCUUGUUUGUUACUGCAUUAAAUUCGUAUUUCUUUUUGAGAGCUUGGAGAGGUAAAAAUAAUGUACUGGGGUAAGCCUUAUCUUUGUUUCAUACUGGCAAAACACUGGUUGUUGCAGAUGAUUAAUGGCUGUAAGUUAGGGUGAAGAUUUGAAAGAGGGCUGUCUAGUGCUGUUGAAUGCAAUUUUUAGCUUGCAAUCUUCAGGAUUUUUAGGAGGGGAGUUUUGCAUCCUACACAGCAUUGAAAUGCAGCCAGUUGCCAAAACAUAAUGGUCAUCUUUUUAUCAUGAUAGUAUGUGACCCAUCACAUUUUGAGUCUCCUGAGCUGCCACGCUUGAAGUCCCAUCUGUGCCACAGACAGAAAAUGGUUUACCUCUUAGUAGAAUUUAUAACAUACCGUAGUAGAAUCACAAAGUUUCUGGCUCAAAAUUACUGUUUGUACUUGCUGCACUCUUGUAUGUUUGGGUGACAGUGGAAUUUUUAUCACUACAGAGUAAACAUGAUCAUUUUGACCUUA